GCGCGCUGCCCUGACGAUGCCGCCCGCCGCGCCCGGCAGCCUGGCGCUCGCCCUGGGCCUGGGCCUGUGGCUCGGGGCGCUGGCGGGGGGCCCCGGGCGCGGCUGCGGGCCGUGCGCGCCCCCCUGCCUGUGCGGCCCUGCGCCCGGCGCCGCCUGCCGCGUCAACUGCUCGGGCGGCGGACUGCGGACGCUCGGACCCGCGCUGCGCAUCCCCGCCGCCGCCACCGCGCUAGACGUCUCCCACAACCUGCUCCGGGCACUGGACGUCGGGCUCCUGGCAAACCUCUCUGCACUGACAGAGCUGGAUAUCAGUAACAACAAAAUUUCAACUCUAGAAGAAGGAAUAUUUUCUAACUUAUUUAACUUAAGUGAAAUAAACCUAAGCGGAAACCCGUUGGAGUGUGACUGCGGUCUGGCGUGGCUGCCUCGCUGGGCGGAAGAGCAGCAGGUUCGCGUGGUUCGGCCCGAGGCGGCCACGUGUGCUGGGCCCAGCCCCCUAGCUGGCCGGCCCCUCCUCGGGGUCCCCUUGUUGGAUGGUGGCUGUGGUGAGGAGUACAUUGCCUGCCUCCCUGACAACAGCUCGGGUGCUGUGGCGCUGGUGGCCUUCUCAGCCGCCCACGAGGGCCCACUGACGCCCGAGGCCUGCGGUGCCUUCUGUUUUGCGGCUGGCCAUGGCCUUGGGGCCUUCUCAGACCAGGGCUGGUGCCUGUGCGGGGCCGCCCAGCCCCCCAACGCCUCCUCAGCCUGCCUGCCCUUCUGCUCCGGUGCCCCACUGGCCCUUGCCCCUGUGUGUGGGGGCCCCACUCUCCUCCAGAACAUCUUCCCCGCCUCCCCAGGGGCCGCCCUGGUGGGGCCUCAGGGACCCCUGGCCUCUGGCCAGCCAGCAGCCUUCCAUGUCACUGCCUCCCUGCCCAUCAGCUCCACACGCUGGGACUUUGGUGACGGCUCCCCCAAGGUGGACAUUGCUGGUCCCACCACCACUCACCGCUACCUGCUGCCCGGGCGCUAUCAUGUGACUGUUGUGCUGGCCCUGGGGGCUGGCUCAGCCCAGGUAGGGACCCAGGUGCACGUGGAGGCGGCCCCUGCCUCCCUGGAGCUCACGUGCCUCACCUCGGUGCACAGUGAUGAGACCCUCAAGUUUGGCGUCCGAAAUCGUGGUGGCUCGGACCUGGAAGCCACAUACAGCAUUGUGGCUGUGGGUGAGGAGCCAGCCCAAGACCCCACAGUGGUGCAUCCACUCUGCCCCUCGGACACCGUCAUCUUCCCUGGUAACGGGCACUGCUACCGUCUGGUGGCAGAGAAGGCUGCCUGGCUGCAGGCACAGGAGCAGUGCCGGGCCUGGGCUGGGGCCGCCCUGGCAAUGGUGGACAGUCCCGCCAUCCAGCACUUCCUGGUCUCCCAGGUCACCAGGAGCCUGGACGUGUGGAUCGGCUUCUCGGCCGUGGAGGGGGCGGAGGCGGGCCCGGCGGUGCAGGGCGCUGCCUUCAGCCUCGAGAGCUGCCAGAACUGGCUCCCCGGGGAGCCGCACCCCGCCACCGCGGAGCGCUGUGUGCGGCUCGGGCCUGCGGGCCAGUGCAACACGGACCUGUGCUCAGCGCCCCAUAGCUAUGUCUGCGAGCUGCGGCCUGGAGGUCCCGUGUGGGACGCGGAGAACUUCCUCGUGGGAGCGCCCAGUGGGGACCUGCAGGGACCCUUGAGCCCCCUGGCACAGCAGGAGGCCCUCUCGGCCCCCCAGGAGCUUGUCGAGGUGAUGGUGUUCCCCAGCCUGGGCCUGAGCAGGGAAGCCUUCCUCACCGCGGCUGAGUUUGGCACCCAGGAGCUUCGCCGGCCCGCCCAGCUGCGGCUGCAGGUGUUCCGGCCCGUGGGAGAAGCAGGGGCCCCAGGGAACAGCAGGGAGCCUGAGAGUGGGUCCCAGGAGAGCCGGACCAAGUCAGUCCCUGAGUGCACCCCAGAGGGACGCUGGUGCCCCAGAGCCAGUAUCCACCUGCCACCAGAUGACCCCUGCGGCCCCUGGGCCUGUGCCAAUGGGUCCACGUCUGGGCCAGGACUCCCUGGGGCCUCCUGUGUGCUGCUGAGGGAGUUCCUCUUCUCUGUACCGGCGGGUCCUCCCUCCCAAUACUCAGUCACCUUCCGUGGCCAGGACGGGCCCCUGAAGCCUGGUGACCUCAUCGCCCUGCAGCAUGACGCGGGACCAGGUGCCCUUCUGUGCUGCUCUCCAGCGCUUGGCGCCCCUGGCGCUGAGGCCCUCUACUUUUCUGCCACCUCCCCGGCCUGGCUGGUGCACCUCCCUGCUCAGCUGGAGGCAGCCCCGGCCGGUCUGGCCUGUGCCUUGCGGCUGCUCGUGGCCACAGAGCGCCUCACCACCCUGCUGGGCCUGCAGCCCAACCCAGGGCUGCGGCGGCCUGGGCGCUAUGAGGUCCGGGCCACCGUGGGCAACAGCGUGUCCACACACAACCUGUCUUGCAGCUUCGACGUGCUCUCCCCCGUGGCUGGGUUGCGUGUCGCCCACCCGAUCCCCCACGACGGCCACCUCUACGUGCCCACCAACAGCUCAGUCUUGGUGCUCCAGGUGGACUCUGGCACCAACGCCACCGCCACGGCCCGCUGGCCUGGGGGCAAUGCCAGUGCACCCUUCGAAGCCACCUGCCCUGCCACGGUGGCUGCCCUGGUACCCAGCUGCACUCUCGAGGCCAAUGACACCCUGUUUGCGGUGCUUGUGCUGCCUGGGCUCAGUGAGGGUGAGCAUGCAGUGGAGAUCGUGGUGGAGAACAGCGCCGGCCACGCCAGCCUCAGCCUGCGGGUCAAGGCUGAGGAGCCCAUCUGUGGCCUUCGUGCCGCCCCCAGCCCCGAAGCCCGUGUGCUGCAGGGCGUCCUGGUGAGGUACAGCCCCGUGGUGGAGGCCGGCUCCGACGUGGUCUUCCGCUGGACUAUUGACGACAAGCAGUCCCUGACCUUCCACAACGUGGUCUUCAACGUCAUCUACCAGAGUGCUGCCGUCUUCAAGCUCUCGCUGACGGCCUCUAACCACGUGAGCAACGUCACCGUGAAUUACAACGUCACCGUGGAGCGGAUGCACAAGAUGAGGGGCCUUCGGGUGUCUGCCGUGCCACCCGUGUUGCCUCCCAACACGACCCUGGAGCUGGCUGCGCACGUGCUGGUGGACUCGGCUGUGGAGGUGGCCUUUCUGUGGACCUUUGGGGAUGGGGAUCAGGUGAUCGGCCAGUUCAAGCCUCCAUACAAUGAGUCCUGGGUCCCAGACCCCAUGGUGGCCCAGGUGCUGGUGGAGCACAGUGUCACACAUGUCUAUGCCAUCCCAGGUGAGUACAACCUGACCCUGCUGGUGUCCAACGCCUUUGAGAACCUGACGCAGCAAGUGCCUGUGAGUGUGCGCGCCACCUUACCUGCGGUGGCUGUGGCUGUGGGAAGCCACGUCCUGGUGGCUGGGGAGCCUGUCACCUUCUCCCCACACCCACUGCCUUCACCUGGGGGCAUCUUGUACACGUGGGACUUUGGGGACGGCUCCCCAGCUGUGACGCAGCACCAAACAGAGGUCAGCCACACAUAUGCCUCGAGGGGUAUUUACCGCGUCCAUCUGGAGGUGAACAACACAGUUAGCGGUGUGACAGCGUGCACCAGCGUCCGUGUCUUUGAGGAGCUCCGGGGCCUGAGUGUGAGCCUGAGCCCAUCUGUGGAACAGGGCGCGCCCGUGACGGUCAGUGCCACCCUGGAGUCGGGAGACAACGUCACGUGGACUUUUGACAUGGGGGAUGGCACUGUGCUUGUGGGCCCCGAGGCCAUGGUGGAACACGUUUACCUGCGGGCACAGAACCACACGGUGACCGUGGGCGUGUCCAGCCCUGCGGGCCACCUGGCCCUGAGCCUGCCUGUGCACGUCUUCGUCCUGGAGGUGCUGCGGAUUGAGCCUGCGGCCUGCAUCCCUGUGCAGCCCCACGCCUGGUUCACGGCCCAUGUCACUGGGGACCCUGCCCACUACAUCUUUGACUGGACGUUCGGGGAUGGCUCAUCCAACACGACCAUCUUUGGGGACCCAACGGUGACACACAACUUCACACGGAGCGGAACGUUCCCCUUGGCGUUGGUCCUGUCAAGCCAUGUGAACAAGGCCCAUUACUUCACCAGCAUCUGCGUGGAGCCCGAGGUGGGCAACGUCACCCUGUGGCCCGAGAGGCAGUUUGUGCGCCUUGGGGAUGAGGCCCAUCUGGUGGCUCGCGCCUGGCCCCCCUUCCCCUACCGUUAUACCUGGGACUUUGGCCCUGAAGACGCACCCCGUGUCGGGGGCCCCGAAGCCAUGUUCACCUAUGCGGACCCAGGUUCCUACCUGGUGACGGUCGCCGUCUCCAACAACAUCUCAGCCGCCAAUGACUCUGCACUCGUGGAAGUGGAGGAGCCCGUGGAGCUCACGGGCAUUGGGGUCAACGGCUCUGGUGUGCUCGAGCUGCAGCGGCCCUACCUGUUCUCUGCCCUGGGCCGCGGACACCCCGCCACCUACCUGUGGGAACUGGGGGAUGGCAGGCGCCUCGAGGGCCCCUCGGUCACGCACGCCUACAACAGCACGGGCCACUUCACCGUCAGGGUGAGCGCGUGGAAUGAGGUGAGCCGCGGUGAGGCCUGGCUGAACAUCACGGUGCAGCGGCGCGUGCAGGGGCUCAGCGUCAACGCCAGCCGCACGGUGGUGCCCCUCAAUGGCAGCGUGAGCUUCACCACCUCCCUGGAGGCCGGCAGCGACGUGCGCUAUUCCUGGGUGCUCUGCGACCGCUGCACGCCCAUCCCCGGGGGCCCCACCAUCUCCUACACCUUCCGCUCCGUGGGCACCUUCAACAUCAUUGUGACCGCUGAGAACGAGGUGGGCUCCGCGCAGGACAGCAUCUUCAUCUACGUCCUGCGGCACAUCGAGGGGCUGCAGGUGGCAGGGGGCGGGGGCGGCUGCUGCUUCCCCACCAACCGUACACUGCAGCUGCAGGCCGUGGUCAGCGAUGGCACCAACAUCUCCUACAGCUGGAGCGCCCAGUGGGAUGGCGGCCCGGCCCUGGCCGGCAGCGGCAAAGCCUUCUCGCUCACCGUGCUCGAGGCCGGCACAUACCACGUCCGACUGCGGGCUGCCAACAUGCUGGGCACGGCCUGGGCCAACCGCACGGUGGACUUUGUGGAGCCCGUGGGCGCACUGGCUGCCGCCGCCUCCCCAAACCCGGCCGCAGUCAAUUCCAGCAUCACCCUCUGUGCUGAGCUGGCUGGGGGUAGUGGUGUCACUUACACCUGGUCCCCGGAGGGAGGACUGAGCUGGGAGACCCCAGAACCAUCGUCCACCCACAUCUUCCCCAGCCCCGGCCUGUACCUGGUCAGGGUGACAGCUACGAACUGGCUGGGCUCAGCCAAUGUGACCAUCGAGGUGGCUGUGCAGGUGCCGGUCAGUGGCCUCAGCAUCCGGGCUGGCAACAUGGACCGCGGCUUCGUGGCAGCAGGCUCUGUGGUGCCCUUCUGGGGACAGCUGGACUCAGGCACCAACGUGAGCUGGUGCUGGACGGUGCUGGGGGGCAACAGGCGUGGCCAGCACGUUGCUGUGGUCUUCCGUGACGCGGGUGCCUUCUCCGUGCGGCUCAAUGCCUCCAAUGCAGUCAGCUGGGUCACGGCCACACGUGAGCUCACGGUGGAGGAGCCCAUUGCGGGCCUGGUGGUGUGGGCCGACAGCAAGGUGGCGGAGCCGGGGCAGCUGGUCCACUUUCAGGUCAUGCUGGCUGCCGGCUCCACCGUGCGCUUCCAUCUGCAGGUCAGCGGGGCCGCUGUGGAGGCGCUCCCCGGGCCCCGCUUCUCCCGCAGCUUCCCCCGAGUCGGGGACUACAUGGUGAGCAUCCAGGCUGAGAACCACGUGAGCCGGGCCCAGGCCCAGGUGCGCAUCUUGGUGCUCGAGGCUGUGGGUGGGCUCCAGGUACCCCACUGUUGCGAGCUGGGCAUCCCCACGGGCACGGAGAGGAACUUCACAGCCCGGGUGCAGCGUGGGUCGCGCGUGGCCUACGCCUGGUACUUCUCCUUGCAAAAGGUCCAGGGGGACUCACUGGUCAUCCUUUCGGGCCGUGAUGUCACCUACACCCCUGUGGCCGCGGGGCUGCUGGAAAUCCACGUGCGUGCCUUCAACGAGCUGGGCGGCGUGAACCUCACGCUGUUGAUGGAGGUCCAGGAUGCCAUCCAGCAUGUGGUGCUGCUCAGUGGCCGCUGCUUUACCAACCGCACAGCCCGGUUUGAGGCCGCCACAAGCCCUAGCCCCCGGCGUGUGGCCUAUCGCUGGGACUUCGGGGACGGGGCCGCGGUGGAGGACACGGAGGAGCCCUGGGCUGAACACUCCUAUCUGUGGCCGGGUGACUACCGCAUAGAGGUGAAUGCCUCCAACCUCGUGAGCUUCUUCGUGGCCCAGGCCACGGUCACCGUCCAUGUGCUGGCCUGCAGGGAGCCCGAGGUGGACGUGGCCCUGCCCCCACAGGUGUUGAUGCGGCGCUCCCAGCGCAACUACCUGGAGGCCCAUGUCAACCUGCGCGACUGUGUCACCUACCAGACUGAGUACCGCUGGCAGGUGUACCGUGCUGCCAGCUGCCAGCGGCCUGGGCGCCUGGCCCCUGUGGCCCUGCCCAGUGUGGACAUGAGCCGGCCCCAGCUGGUCGUGCCACGGCUGGCACUGCCUGUGGGCCACUACUGCUUUGUGUUCAUGGUAUCAUUUGGGGAUACACCGCUGGCACGGAGCAUCCAAGCCAAUGUGACUGUGGUGCCCGAGCGCCUGGUGCCCAUUGUUGAGGGCGGCUCAUACCGCGUGUGGUCAGACACUCAGGAUCUGGUGCUGGACGGGAGCAAAUCCUAUGAUCCCAACCUAGAGGACGGUGACCAGACACCACUCAGCUUCCAUUGGGCCUGUGUGGCCUCAACACAGAGUGAGACUGGUGGCUGUACCCUGACCUUCGGGCCCCGGGGAAGCAGCGUGGUCAUUGUUCCUCGGGAGCGCCUGCAGGCUGGCGUGGAGUACACCUUCAACCUGACUGUGUGGAAGGCUGGCCGGAAGGAGGAGGCCACCAACCAGACGGUGUUGAUCCGCAGGGGCCGCGUGCCCAUCGUGUCCUUGGAGUGCGUGUCCUGCAAGGCGCAGGCGGUGUACGCAGUGAGUCGAAGCUCCUACGUGUACCUGGAGGGCCGCUGUGAUAACUGCAGCGAGGGUUCCAAGCGAGGGCGCUGGGCGGCGCGCACCUUCAGCAACCAGACGCUGGUGCUGGACGAGACGACCACGUCGACGGGCAGCUCGGGCAUGCGGCUGGUGCUGCGGCGCGGCGUGCUGCGGGACGGCGAGGGCUACACGUUCACGCUCACCGUGCUGGGCCGCUCGGGCGAGGAGGAGGGCUGCGCCUCCAUCCGCCUGUCCGCCAACCGGCCCCCGCGCGGGGGCUCCUGCCGCCUCUUCCCGCUUGACGCCGUGCGCGCCCUCACCACCAAGGUGCAUUUCGAGUGCACAGGCUGGCAGGACGCCGAAGACGCGAGCGCCCCACUGGUGUACGCACUGCUGCUGCGGCGCUGUCGCCAGGGCCACUGCGAGGAGUUCUCCGUGUACAGGGGCAGCCUCUCUGCCUACGGAGCUGUGCUGCCGCCGGGUUUCGCACCGCACUUCCAGGUGGGCCUGGCCGUGGUCGUGCAGGACCAGCUGGGCGCAGCUGUGGUCGCUCUCAACAGGUCUCUGGCCAUCACCCUGCCACAGCCUCCUGGCGACCCCCAGGGAGGACCCGCAGAUCUCACCAGCUGGUUGCACGGCCUCACGGAGAGCAUGCUGCCCAGGCUGCUGAGGCAGGCUGACCCCCAGCACGUCAUCGAGUACUCGCUGGCCCUCAUCACUGUGCUCAAUGAGGCCAGUGUAGGGUCCGAGCAGGUUCUGGCCAUGGCGGCAGAGGAGGAUGCCAGGCGGCAGCUGCAAGCCCAGAUCCGCAAGAAUGUCACAGAGACUUUGGUCUCUCUGCGGGUCAACACUGUGGAUGACAUCCAGCAGAUCGCGGCGGCGCUGGCCCAGUGCACGGUGUCCAGCAGGGAGCUCGUGUGCCACUCCUGCCUGAAGAAGACGCUGCAUAAGCUUGAGGCCAUGAUGCGCAUCCUGCAGGCUGAGACGGCUGCCGGCACUGGGACGCCCACGGGCAUCGCUGACAGCAUUCUCAACAUCACAGGCGACCUCAUCCACUUGGCCAGUGCGGACAUGCAGGGCCCACAGCCCUCGGAGCUGGGCACCGAGCCGCCCUCACUCAUGGUAGCAUCCAGGGCCUACCACCUCUCAUCGGCCCUCAUGUGCAUCCUCAUGCGCUCCCGUGUGCUCAACGAGGAGCCCCUGACACUGGCGGGCGAGGAGAUUGUGGCCCAGGGCAAGCGCUCCGACCCGCUGAGCCUGCUGUGCCAGGGCAACGCCUCGGUUCCUAGCUGCCACUUCUCUAUCCCCAUGGCCUUCAGCGGGGCCCUGUCCAACCUCAGUGAUGUGGUGCAGCUCAUGUUCCUCGUCGACUCCAAUCCCUUCCCCUUCGGCUACAUCAGCAACUACACUGUCUCCACCAAGGUGGCCUCCAUGGCCUUCCAGACGCAGGCCGGCACCCAGAUCCCCAUCGGGCAGCUGGCCUCGGAGCACGCCAUCAUCGUGAAAGUGCCCAACAGCUCCGACCAGGCUGCCCCGGGCCACCGCGCCCCUGCUGGCUCCGCCGUCAUCCAGCCCCAGGCCUCCAUCAGCGUUGCGGUCACCCCUGAGAACAGCAACCCGGCGGCCGGGCUGCACCUGCAGCUCACCUACACGCUGCUCAGUGAGCGCUACUUGCCCGAGGAGCCUGAGCCCUAUCUGGCUGUGUACUUUGACUCGGUGCCCGGGCCCAACGAGCACAACUGCUCCGCCAGCAGGAGGAUCAGCCUGGAGGAGCUGGCAGGCGGCGACCACAGGCCCUAUACCUUCUUCAUCGCCCCAGGGACCAGAGACCCAGGUGGGACUUACUACCUGAAUCUGACCAGCCACUUCCACUGGUCAGCACUGGAAGUGAGCGUGGGCCUGUACACGUCCCUGUGUCAGUACUUCAGCGAGAAGGAGAUGAUGUGGAAGACAGAGGGGCUUGUGCCUCUGGAGGAGACGUCCCCCAGCCAGGCCGUCUGCCUUACCUGCCACCUCACUGCCUUUGGUGCCAGCCUCUUUGUCCCCCCCAGCCACAUCCACUUCAUCUUUCCAGAGCCGGCCUCAGGCGUGAACUACAUCGUCCUGCUGACGUGUACCGUGUGCCUGGUCACCUACGCAGUCAUGGCCGUGAUCCUGCGUAAGCUGGACCAGCUGGACGUCAGCCGGGUGCGCAUCAUCCCUUUCUGCGGGAAGGGAGGCCGCUUCAAGUAUGAGAUCCUGGUCAAGACCGGCUGGGGCCGAGGCUCAGGUACCACGGCACACGUGGGCAUCAUGCUGUAUGGGGCAGAGGGCCGCAGUGGCCACCGGCACCUGGAUGGGGACAGAGCCUUCCGCCGCAAUAGCCUGGACGUGUUCCAGAUCGCCACCCCGCACAGCCUGGGCAGCGUGCGCAAGAUCCGCGUGUGGCACGACAACAAAGGCCUCAGCCCCGCCUGGUUCCUGCAGCACGUCAUUGUCAGGGACCUGCAGAACGCCCGCAGCACCUUCUUCCUGGUCAAUGACUGGCUGUCGGUGGAGACCGAGGCCAAUGGCGGCCUCGUAGAGAAGGAGGUGCUGGCAGCAAGCGAGGCGGCCCUGCGGCGGUCCCGGCGCCUCCUCGUGGCCGAGCUGCAGCGCGGCUUCUUUGACAAGCACAUCUGGCUCUCCAUAUGGGACCGGCCGCCUCGGAGCCGCUUCACUCGUGUCCAGCGGGCCACCUGCUGCAUCCUCCUCGUCUGCCUCUUCCUGGGCGCCAAUGCCGUGUGGUACGGGGUCGUGGGAGACACCGCCUCCAGCACGGGGCCUGUGUCCACUCUGAUCCCGCUGAGUGUUGACACGAUCGCCGUCGGCCUGGUGUCCAGUGUGGUCGUCUAUCCCGUCUUCCUGGUCAUCCUGUUUCUCUUCCGGAUGUCCCGGAGCAAGGUGGCUGGGGGCCCGAGCCCCACCCCUGCAGGGCAGCAGGUACUGGACGUUGACAGCUACCUGGACUCGUCUGUGCUGGAUGGCUCGUUCCUCACCUUCCCGGGGCUGCGCACGGAGGCCUUUGCUGGACAAAUGAAAAGCGACUUAUUUUUGGAUGAUUCUAAAAGCCUGGUGUGCUGGCCAUCCAGCGAAGGCACGCUUAACUGGCCGGACCUGCUGAGUGACCCAUCCAUCAUGGGCAGCACCCUGCAGCGGCUGGGUCGGGGCCGUACGGGCCACACACUGGGCCCGGAGGAUGAUGGUCUCUCCCUGCUGAGCCCCUCCUCACCCACCAAAUACUUCUCAGCUUCAGAUGAGGACCUGAUCCAGCAGAUCCUGGCCGAAGGUGCCAGCAGCCUGGCCCCCACCCAGGACACCCAAGUGGAAACGGAUCUGCUCACCAGCCUGUCUAGCGCCCCCAGGGAGACGACAGAGACGCUGACGCUGCAGAGGCUGGGGGAGAGGGGGCCGUCCAGCCCCGGUGUGACCUGGGAGCAGCCCGCGUCGGCCAGGCUCUCCGGGACAGGGCUGGCGGAUGGUCUGCAGAAGCGGCUGCUGCCCGCCUGGUGUGCGUCCCUGGCCCAUGGGCUCAGCUUGCUCUUGGCCACCGUGGCUGUGGGGGUCUCCGGCUGGGUGGGCUCCAGUUUCCCCCCUGGUGUGAGCGUGAUGUGGCUCCUCUCAAGCAGCUCCAGUUUCUUGGCCUCCUUCCUUGGCUGGGAGCCCCUCAAGGUCCUGCUGGAAGCCCUGUACUUCUCGCUGGUGGCCAAGCGGCUCCAUCCUGAUGAGGAUGAUACCCUGGUGGAGAGCCCGGCUGUGACCCCUGUGAGUGAGCGUGUGCCCCGCGUGAGGCCCCCCCACGGCUUUGCGCUUUUCCUGGCAAAGGAGGAAGCCCGAAAGGUCAAGAGGCUGCAUGGGAUGCUGAGGAGCCUGCUGGUGUAUAUGCUCUUUUUGCUGGUGACACUGCUGGCCAACCACGGGGAUGCCUCAUGUCACAACCAUGCCUACCGCUUACAGAGUGCCAUCAAGCAGGAGCUGGGCAGCCAGGCCUUCCUGGCCAUCACCCGGUCUGAUGAGUUCUGGCCAUGGAUGUCACACGUCCUGCUUCCCUACAUCCAUGGGAACCAGUCCGGCCCAGAGCUGGGGCCCCCACGGCUGCGGCAGGUGCGGCUGCAGGAAGCUCUGUGCCCAGACCCUCCCAGCGCCGCGGUGCACGCGUGCUUAGCCGGCCAGGGCGCCUUCAGCACCGGGGACUACAGCAUUGGCUGGGGUAGUGCUGCCCACAACGGCUCCGAGGCGUGGGCCUACUCUGCGCCGGACCUACUGGGCAGCAUCUGGUCCUGGGGCUACUGCGCUGUGUACGACAGCGGGGGCUACGUGCAGGAGCUAGGGCUGAGCCUGGAGGAGAGCCGCGCACAGCUGGGCUUCCUGCAGCUGCAUAACUGGAUCGACAACAGGAGCCGCGCCGUGUUCGUGGAGCUCACGCGCUACAGCCCGGCCGUGGGGCUGCACGCCGCUGUCACGCUGCGCCUCGAGUUCCCUGCUCCCGGGCACGCGGUGACCGCCGUCAGCGUGCGUCCCUUCCCGCUGCAGCGCCUGAGCGCCGGCCUCUCCCUGCCGCUGCUCACCUCGGUGAGCCUGCUGCUCUUCGCGCUGUACUUCUCCGUGGCCGAGGUGCGCACCUGGCGCAGGGAAGGGUGUAGACGCGCGGCACAGGCCGGGGCGUGGGCGCGGUGGCUGCUGGUGGCACUGACCGCGGCCGCAGCGCUCGUGCGCCUGGCCCAGCUGGGUGUCGCCGACCGCCAGUGGGCCCGCUUCGUGCGGCGCCGCCCGCGCCGAUUCACCAGCUUCGAGCAGGUGGCGCAGCUGAGCGCCGCGGCUCGCGGCCUGGCCGCCUCGCUGCUCUUCCUGCUCCUGGUCAAGGCCGCGCAGCAGCUGCGCUUCGUGCGCCAGUGGUCGGUUUUUGGCAAGACGCUGUGCCGGGCCCUGCCGGAGCUCGUGGGGGCGGCCCUCGGCCUGGUGGCGCUCGCCGUGGCCUACGCGCACCUGGCGGUUAUGCUGGUCUCCUCCUGUGUGGAUUCAUUCCGGAGUGCGGUGCGGGCCCUCUUGGUGCUGUGCCCCGGGUCAGGGGGUCCCGCCCUGUGCCCUGCCGAGUCCUGGCGCCUGUCCCCGCUGCUGUGCACCGGGCUCUGGGCCCUGCGCCUGUGGGGCGCCCUGCGGCUGGGGGCCGUCCUUCUGAGAUGGCGGUACCAUGCCCUGCGUGGGGAACUCUACCGACCGGCCUGGGAGCCGCAGGACUAUGAGAUGGUGGAGCUCUUUAUGCGCAGGCUGCGCCUCUGGAUGGGUUUCAGCAAGGUCAAGGAGUUCCGCCACAAAGUCCGCUUUGAAGGGAUGGAGCCGCUGCCCUCCCGCUCCUCCAGGGGCUCCAAAUCCUCCCCGGAUGCACCCCCACCCAGCGGGGGCUCAGACACCUCACGGCCCUCCACGUCCUCCAGCCAACUGGACAUGCUGAGCGGAGGCCUGGGCCGCCUGGGGCCCCGGGGGGAGCCGGAGCCCUCUCGCCUGCAAGCGGUGUUCGAGGCCCUCCUGACCCAGUUUGACCGACUCAACCAGGCCACAGAGGAUGUGUACCAGCUGGAGCAGAGGCUGCAGAGCCUGCGGGGCCGCAGGAGCACUGUUCCCCCAGCCUCGCCUCCCCACAGCCCCUGCUCAGCCCUGCAGCCGGCCCUGCCCAGCCGUCUUGCCCGGGCCAGUCGAGGCGUGGGCCUAGCGUCCAGCCCCAGCAGGGCUUCCCUGCGGGCUAAGAACAAGGUCCACCCCAGCAGCACUUAGCCCCCGGGGCACCGGGCUCCCCUACCCCUGCUCCGGCUUCUGGGAGGAGCCGGGGCAGACACCGUUUAGUAUUAACUUCUGCUGCCCUCAAGGUUUGGGCCAGCAGAACAGCCGCACGGAGGCCCCGGAGUAGGCAGCCUCGUCUCUCUCUGGGGGUCUCAGCACUUUAAAGAGGCCGUGUGGGCAGCCAGGACCCAGGGGCCCUCCCCAGCUCCCUGUGGGUGGACACAGCGGUAUCGGGCUGAGCGCCCAGCCUCUGAGAUGCUAAUUUAUUACCAGAGUCCUCAGGUACAGCGGGCUGUGCCCGGCCCCACCUCCUGGGCAGACAUCUCCCCUUGCGAAGGAUCCAGGCUUCAGGGAGGGAACCUGCACCUCCCGUGGGCUUCCCCACUAAGUUAUUACCUCUCUUGUGCCCCUGCUGAGUGCACUCCCCUUCCGCUACCAUCUGUGUGUCUAUCGUCAGUAAUUUAUAUGGGGUUAAAAUGUAUAUAUUUUUGUACGUCGCUCUAUUUUUCACUAAGGCCAAGGGACCUGGUGGCUGAAGCAGCCCUGUGCCCACUGUCACCCAUGUUGAAGGGGGAGCGGGGACUGCAGAGUUGGCCUCCCUCCCCAGACACCUGACCAGGGGGCCAGGGCAGCAGUGGCUGCUGCUUGCAUCCAGGUCUGGCCUGAGGCAGGUGCUGGGAGGGUACAGCCACUUCCGAGGCAGUUCCUGUUGCCCCCUGGCAGCAAGAUGGCAGAGCCCAGACCUGCUGGUGCCAGGUGUGGGCAACGAGCAGGACGAGGACAGGGCAAGAACUCCAGAGUGGUCAGGUGGAAAGAGCCCUCCCCGGGGGCUGGCUCCCGGGGCUGGCUCGGGUGAGCAGGGGGCCGCAGGUGGCCCGACCGGCAGCCCAGUACUACGUAUGUGGGCAUGGCCACAGCUACAGCCUUGACCCCACCCCCCACCCGACAAAGUCAAAUAAACAAGCUGGCUGACUGCA